AUGAUGAUGGCUGGUAUGAGGAUGAGAGGUGUCGCUGUGCAGCUCCGGGUUUUACUAACACACGGCGCCCGGCAGAGCAGGAGUUCUGUAUGUGCAUACAGUACAGCUCCUCAGCAGAGAAGUUCUGGAGACAAGACAACUGCAAAUGGCACUGUGGAUGACGGAUCCUACGCUGUGAGGACACUAGAGAAGAGAGCUUUGAAGUUGGAGGAGGAAGUGCAAAGUUUAAAGGAUCAAUACCAGAGGGCUGUAAGCGAUUCUGAAAAUGUCAGAAAAAAGAACUCAGAAGUUUGUGGAGGAUGCCAAAGUAUUUGGUAUCCAGAGCUUCUGUCGUGACCUAGUGGAGGUGGCUGAUAUCGUGGAGAACGCUGUUGACCAAUCCACAAACGAGGGAGUGAAGGAAAUGUCUGAUAUCUUGUCUGCAAUCGAUGAGAAGCUGCAGGGCAUAUUCAUUAAGCAUGGACUACAUAAAAUGACACCAGUGGGAGGUGACUACGACCCUUAUGACCAUAAAAUCGUUUGUCACGUUCCUGCUGAGGGAAGAAGAUCUGGAAGUAUAGCAACUGUCCUAUUGGAUGGGUACAAGCUGCAUGGCCGUACCAUUCGUCAUGCUGAAGUCGGUAUAGCAGUGGAGAAACACCAGUGA